AGUUGAACCUCUAGAAAGACUUAUAUUUAGGAACGGAGGGAGUAGAACAUACAAGUAAAUCAACUGUGUGCUGUUAUUACUUCACUGUGAAGCGACACAUGCUCAGAAGUCAGAGUGGAUACAUGAUUUCUAGUUUAGAAAAAUUAUUCGUCCUAGUCAGAAAUAUAUACUGCUCCACUGGAAUUACUAAAACCUCUAAAGUUCAGCAAGUUUAAUUUCAAAAUGCAAUUUCUCUCCUACUGUUUGCAACCAAUUCUGUCCCUAUCAAUUGAUAUGUGUUGUUCUUUGAUUUUGACUAUGUGCAAGCAUUAUCUGAAAUGGUCAAUUGAUCACAUGUAUAUAGUGAUAUCAAAAAAAGAAAUACUGCAUUGUUUUUUCUAGUUUAAUUUCUUCAAGGGUCAAUCAUGAAAAUGAAGUUCACUUAGGAUUGCAAAUGCAAUUACUAUUAUCUCAGUAAACUCUGUGUGGACGGCUCUCAUUAAAAUGAGUAAAAAGGAUGUUGAUUAAUUCAUAUCUGUGUUCAGAAAGUUUAUAAGUUAACAGUAUAAUAUCUAUAAAAUCAUGUUUACGGAGCAAAAAAUUGACAGUGCAGCUGAACAAAAUAAAACGCACUCUAAAACCUUUCAAAGUUUAUGUAUUGAUAUGUCAUACUUGUUAAAUUACUGAAAUAAUAUUGCAUUCUCCCCACUUUUACAUAAACGUUUUGAAAGGGAAUAUAUUAUAUGUGUGCUUGCGUAUCAUAUGUUUAUUACUUGCACCAACCAUAGAACAAGAAGCAAAUAAAUGUUAUUAUUUGUUAGCUCAUCCCAUAAGUUUGUAUCUUCCAUUAAUGGCAUAUGAAGCUGUAUCCAAAGAAUUGUAUCUUCCAUUCAUUGCAUAUCAAACUGUAUCCAAAAGAUUUUAGUUAUAUGCUUAUCCAAAAGAUUUUAUUAAUAUUCGGACAAUAAAUGAGGCAUAUCUCUUAAUGUGGGCAUAAUCUUGUCCAAUCUGUACAUAUAUAUCCUUCCAAUCGCAUGAAUUGCACUAAAUGCAUUGUGAUUUAACCUCUUACAUCACAUAUCCUUUCCCUAUAUAAACACACACACCCUCUUCUCAUAACCAAACCAAGACCUAUCACUCCCACCAUGGCAAGUAGCAAUCUGCUUGACUGGCCAGAACCCAUUGUACAAGUGCAAACUCUUUCCAACUCUGGUACGAGCACCGUGCCACAACAGUACAUCAAGCCUCCAUCUGAGCGUCCUAGUGGUGUCACAAAUGACCCAAAUCUCACUAUCCCAGUUAUCGAUCUUGCCAGCUUCUCUAAUGCCCCUGAACAUCACCAAGAAAUGCUAAAAGCAAUAGCAUCUGCAUGCAAGGAUUGGGGUUUCUUCCAGUUAGUGAACCAUGAUGUGGACAUGGAGGCUGUGAGGAGGAUGAGAAGUGCAUGGAGGGAGUUCUUUGACCUCCCCAUGGAAGAGAAGAAGGUACAUGCAAACUUACCGAUAACAUACGAGGGAUAUGGGAGCCGCCUUGGAGUUGAGAAAGGGGCAAUCUUGGAUUGGAGUGACUAUUACUUCCUUAAUCUCUUCCCAAGUGAUAUCAGGAACCUUGACAAGUGGCCAAAAAUUCCUACUGGCCUGAGGGAAGCCACUGAGAAGUAUGCAUGCCAACUAAUAAGUCUCUGUCAAGUCCUGCUCAAGGCUAUGUCCAGUAGCUUAGGGUUGGAGGAGGACUACCUCCAUAAUGCUUUUGGUGGCAGUGAUGGCAUCUCGGCUACCAUGCGUGUGAACUACUAUCCAAGAUGCCCACAGCCUGAGCUCACUCUUGGUCUGUCAUCUCACUCUGACCCCGGUGGCAUCACCUUGCUCCUCGCUGAUGAUAACGUCGAGGGGACCCAGGUACGCAAAGGAGACGCAUGGGUCACCGUGCAACCAGUCCCAGGUUCCUUCCUCGUAAACGUUGGUGAUCAGAUUCAGAUCAUGAGCAACGGGCGUUACAGGAGCGUGGAGCACCGUGCGCUGGCCAACUCCGACAAGGAACGCUUCACCAUCGCCUUCUUCUGCAACCCUCGAGGCGACCUCCCCGUCGCGCCAGCGAGCGAGCUCGUCGGCCCGGGGUCGCCGGCGCUGUACCACAAGGCCGUCACCUUCGACGACUACCGCAAGUACAUGCGAACCAAGGGUCCCAGCGGCAAGACGCAGGUGCAGUCCAUCAGCAGCACCAUGCAGCCAGGGCCUGCAGCUUGAUCAUCCGUCCAUUCUCAGUCAGCAUGGAUAAAUGUAUAUUUGCAAAAAAAAAGCAUGGAUAAAUGUAUGGACAUCAUUUUAAUCUGCUGUUAUAGGUUGCCAGCAGUUGGGAGAUAUGGGCAUCGUGCAUGUAAUUUGUUUGUAUAAUUUGGAUCCUUGGUAUUGUAUCUUAAUAGGUGUGCCUUUCACUUUAUACAAA